GAUUUUUAUUUCAAUUAUGAGCGUGCAUGUUUUAUCAAAAGUUAAACAAAAUAUUAAAAAUAAUUUUAAAUAUUAGGUUUUUGCCUUCAUAUAUCAAGACAUGUGGUGUAUAUAAAUAUUUAGUUAAUUUAAUAUAAUUUUUAUUUAUCAUAUCAUCAAAAUUUUGAGUAAGUAUGACAUUGCCAACCCAGGAAGAUGAACAAUCAAAAUCCGCAGUGAAACCCGAAUCGAUUUUGGCCAAAACUAAUUUGAAAGGGGAUUGGCUGAAUAUUUUUUUAUUAUUGUUAUUUUACAUAAUGCAAGGCAUGCCUAUAGGCUUAAUCAUCGUUAUUCCAAUAUUUUUGCAGAGCAAUAAAAAUGUAACUUAUAAUGAACAGGCUUUAUUCGGCCUAGUUGUAUGGCCGUUUAGCCUAAAACUGUUAUGGGCUCCUUUGGUAGAUUCAUUCUACAUACGAAAAAUUGGGAGGCGUAAGUCUUGGUUCAUUCCAGUUCAGUUUUUAAUAGGAAUAUGCUUUUUUUACAUGGCUGGCACUAUUAAUGAAAUAUUACCUGAAACGGCAAAACCAAACAUACUUAAACUAAUAUUUUUGGUUUUUAUAUCUAAUUUCAUGGCUGCCACACAAGAUAUAGUAGUUGAUGGCUGGGCAUUGGAUUUGCUACAAAAAAACAAUGUGGGCUAUGCUUCUACGUGCGCUUCAGUUGGUCAAAUAAUAGGUUUAAUUUUGAGUACCACAUCCUUUACUCUAUUGACGUCAGAAAAUUUUGGCAAUAAAUAUUUAAGGAUAACGCCCAAAGUUGGAGGAAUAAUGACUAUGAACAGUUUAUUUCUGGUCUGGGCUAUUUCAUUUAUAGCAAUUACAACUUUAAUAGCAAUUUUCAAAAAUGAAAAAGAUAAUAGAUUAGAGAACAAUCGCACAAAGCCUAGUAUACUUGAAAGCUAUAUAAUUUUAUAUAAUAUUUUAAAAAUACCAGGUUUUAAAUUAUUGGCAAUAGCAUUGUUGACAUCACAAAAGCAGAUUGGAUUUUCACCAAGUGAGAGAGUGGUGAAUUUGAAACUCGUAGAUGUUGGUGUACCAAAAGACAACAUUAUGAUCAUACAAACAGGAAUGUACAUUAUAAAAAUUAUUUUACCAGUGAUUGCUGCAAAAUACACCGCAGGUCCAAAACCAAUGAGCAUACUCCUAAGUUUAACACCCAUCAAAUUAUUUUGGAACUCGGUGUUUUUCAUAUUUUUUUAUUAUGCAUCAAGGCUAAUAAAAAAUAACGGUGUUGUAGAUAUUCCAACGCACUACUAUGUAAUUUUAGUGUUGAUAUAUUCAAUAAAUGAUAUCCAAUAUAGUAUAAUGAUGACAGCUUUAGUAGCUUUUUAUUGUCGGAUAAGCGAUACUCGUUUUGGAGGUACUUACAUGACAUUAUUAAACAGUUUUUCAAAUGCUGGAGGUCUAUUGGCAAAAUUUCUUUCAUUUGCCUUCAUUGGUUUAUUUACAUUUAAGGAAUGUUCAUUCGACUCAAAGAAUAAUUGCUCUACUCUACAUCUUCAAAAUGUGUGUACAUUAAAUGGAGGAGAUUGUACCACAAUAGUGAAUGGAUAUUACGUUGAAUCAGUUGUUUUUACUAUAGUUGGAGUCAUCUGGUAUAUUAUUUUUAAAAAUAUACUCGAAAAAUUGCAAAGUAAGAGUCCGUCUCAUUGGCUUGUUAAAGCGAAUACUUUAGAAUCAGAAAAUUACGAAAAUUCUUGUUCAUUAAUAACAUUGAAUAAAAAACCGUAAUUAUUGGAUAAUGAUAAUAGCAAAUAUUAGUUUAUAAAAUAUGAAACAUAAA